AUGGGCCACUGUGAGGGAGAACCCGUCCGAGAUCCGAAGUUACGGCUGGCAUUCCUGGAGGGCCAGGGGGCCCAGGCUGUCCUGGUAGUCCUGGAAGUCCAGGGGGGCCACUUGGACCAGUGCUACCUUGUGGACCAAUUUGACCUGGGGGUCCUGAAUUUCCCUCGGCAGGAUAACCAGGGUUACCGGGUGGUCCUAUAUCACCUUUUUGACCUGGUAGCCCAGGAGGUCCAAUUGGUCCCCCUGGUCCUGAAUGCCUUGUGGUCCUUGAUGGCCUUUAUCCCCGGUUUCUCCUACCUCUCCUCUUGGUCCUUGCAACCCUCCAGCGCCUGGGGUACCAGGUACACCUCUAAUGCCAGCUUCUCCUUUGGGGCCACACCAUCUUCUCCCUUCUGUCCUGGGAAGCCAAGACUACCAGGAGGCCCGCUCCUGGUAAUCCUGGUAUCCCUGGUUGUCCUCUCUCACCGGGUGGCCCUGUCAACCCUGAUUCUCCGGGAGAACCAGGUUUUCCUGGUAUCCCUGGUUGACCAGGGAGGCCCACUUGGCCAGGUGGACCUGGUGGUCCACCGGGUCCUUUCAAGCCUGGAAAACCAGGUAAACCAAGUCCUUUGUCUCCCUUUGGGCCUGGAGUUCCAGGAAACCCAGGCUGACCUUUUUGACCAGCUUCCCCUGGAGGACCUGGCAGUCCUGGUAAUCCCUGACCUCCUGUUUUUGAAAUCCCAGGGAGUCCAGUGGGACCUGGGAGACCUUGAGGACCCGGAAGUCCCGUUGGCCCUUCACCACCGCUUGGACCAAGGUCACCUUUUGUUCCUGCGGGUCCAGGUCCUCCGGGUUUUCCCGGCAAUCCUGGCAUACCAGCUUUUCCAUUUCCUCUGUAGCCCUGAGGACCAGGGGGCCCUGGUUUUCCUGAAGGACCUGGCAAUCCCUGACCCGGAGGCCCAGUUGGACCUUGUGGUCCUGGUGGUCCUGUUGGUCCUGGGGGACCCUGAAUUCCUUGCGGCCCAGUGGUGUCCGUUUGGCGAUUUGGGGCGGCAUCUGAGGAAAGUCUUUUCCAAAUUGAGCGAGCAAUGGAACAUCUUUGCCAUAGGUUACGAAUUAAAUGUGAUCUUCAAUUGCUUUCCUAUUCCGUUUGAGAAGCUUAACUGGGCCAUGUGGCAAGUGUUUGACACGUUAAUACGAUACGGUUGGUUUCCUUUCAGGGUGGUGGUUAGACAGGUGUCGUUUCAGUAA